GAUGUCUUAAAUCGACAUGCGUAAUAUCAUCAGCAAUGAGACUCUUGGAGAACUCGAGUACUAAUGAGUUCAAGACUCGCUAACUACAGCGUUGUGGUACUUAGCAGCAGAAGUAACUCCGUCAAAGAUAUUUCCUUAAAAGCCCAAAAACCAGAUUAUAGCGCGUACUCCCAGUAGAGUCAUGAACAGCAGGAAGAGAGAGAAGCCCUACUCCCGCCACGCCCCUUACUCUCUGCCUAAACGCCGCCGUCCUCUUCCCCUUGACGCCGAGGAUGCGGUCGACGACUCUUCUGCCUCAUCCGCUGCCGCUAAGGCGCCGACGUCGGUUGUGGUGAUCGGCGUCCCGGCAGAGUGCUCGGUGCUCGACCUUAAAUCCAGGUUUGAGAUGUAUGGACCCAUAUCUCGGACCCGAAUGGAACCCAAUGGGGUUGCUUAUAUCAAUUUCAGAUCCAAUGACGCAGCCCAAUCUGCCAUCGAUGCCGCUAGAGAUUCAAGUUUUCCCGUCACCCUGCACUCAAUUCCAGUACAGGUGAUGUGGGCGAGUGAUCCAGUUCCACAAUGGAAGGCAGGACUCGGCCGGAAGGAAGGAUUAUCAUCGAAGCUAGUGAGAGCGGAAGUGCCACUAAGCAGGCAUGGGCGAGGUAAUAAGCUGGGGUCAGCUAUUGUGAAUCCUAAAGAUGAAAAUAAAAGCAGUAAGAACACAAAUGGUGAUGCCAACAACGACGAUAAGGUUAACAGGGCUGAUGCCGAUGGCAAUUCAGGUUUGGAUGGGUCUUUCAAGGGUAGGGAAAUUGUUGCUUAUGAUGAUAUUUUGUAAUUGUGGAGGGCUUUCUUGGGGUUUCCCUGACUGUAACAUUAAUUAAGGAUUUCGAAGCAUAGUUAUGGAGGAUAUAUUAAGACUUCGACAAAGAUCAAUGAAUGUAAGGUGUAUGUAGCUUUAAUGUUAUAUCAUCUUUUUCUUUUCUCAAGAUAGUUUAGAGUUAAGAUUUUCAUUUCUGAGUAACUUGAGGGUUCAGAUUUGAUUGCUCUUUUUGAGAUAAGA